CAUGCGUACAGUAAGAUGUCAACAUGGAAGACAACACGUCAGAUCUAACUAACCGCGAGAAAAAAUUAGAAGCAGGUUUAAAGAAAUUGAAGAAAUUCCAGCAAAAAAACAACAAAAAGGGAGUGAAAAAGAAAUGUGAAAAAUCCACCAAUAGUUUGAAGGUGCCUGUGAAUGUUGACCAACAAGAUAUUGUUCUGGACAGUAAAGAUUUUACAGCUGCAACAGUGAUAAGUGAAAAUCAAUCGAAAGUACUCGACAGAACUAGCACUGAAGAUAUUUCUGACAAACUGGAAGUACAAGAAAAAAUAUCAAUACCAAACAUAUCAAAAGACCCAGAAACUCAACAAAAAAUAAGUGAUACCGAUGUUCCGGGUCCCUUAAACACGGACCUAUCAUCAACAGAAAGUUUGAGACAAAUUACACAACAGUUAAAUGGAUUAAUGUCUCAAACACAUGCAUUUAUAAAUGGAGAGAUUGAACCAGGAAUGCCAGUGGGAAGCGACAGUGUUGAAUUGGAAAGGAGAAAUCAAGAACUUGCCAAUUUGUUAGAGAGUCACAGACAAGCCAAUGAACAGCUUCAGUAUCAGCUCCAAGAACUGAAAGCAAAGAUAAACCGGACACAAAGGGAAUUUGAAAGGGAAAGACAAGAUCUGCAGGAAAAGGCUCACAGAGACCAGGCUUCUUUAAAAGACCAAUUACAGGUUCACAUACAAACUAUUGGUAUCCUAGUAGCUGAAAAAACAGAACUACAAUCUUCUUUAUCCCAGAGUCAACAAACAGCCAAACAGAAAGCUGUGGAAAUUGAGGAACUGCAGGGAAGGUUACGAGCAUCGAGACAACGUGUGUCUGACCUCGAAAAAGAAAUCUCUAAUGUAUCUAGUUCAUCUCAGCAGUUAGAAAAGAGUAGCAAGGAAUCUUCCAAAGAAGUUGAUAGAUUGAAGCUUGAACUUUAUAAAUUGAGUAAGUCAAAUGAAGAGUUGAAACAGCAGAAUUCAGAAUUGGCAGAGAAACUUAAUAAAAAGCUGGUAGAAUGUCAAGACCGAGAGAAGGAAUUGGCCGAUGUCUCAAGUAAAUUAGCCAUGGCUGAACUUCACGUACAGCAGAUCUCGAGCAGUGAUUGUUCGGAAAACACACAGCAACUAGAAGAACUCCAUCACAUAAAACUUAAUCUGGAGAAAAAAGUGGCAGAGUAUAAAGAAUCAUUUGAAAGACUUACAAAAGACAAAGAUCAGAUGUCACAACAUUACCAAGACUACACUCAAAAGCUGAGUCAAGAACUCACGUCUGUCAGAGAUGAGUUGAAACAAGCCAUGACUGAAAGAGAUGGUCUUGCUAAAGAAAAGUCAUCAUUAUCAGAAAGACUUGAAAUUUUGGAAGAAGCUCAAAAAGUAUUCCAAUCAAAGAAUCAGAAAUUCGAAGAGUUAAGUCAGAGAAUGGAAAGUCUAUGUGAAGAAAAUGAGAAGCUGAAGAAGGAAAUUGAUUCUCAAGCCAGUGACAAUACUCGCAUCAGUCAACUUCUGGUGGAGCGGGAAACACAUUUAGAGGAAUUACAAGCUGCCCUUGCAAGACAAGAGGAAACCUACGUUGACAAAUUUCAGCUUCUGGAGAAAAUGCAGAGUGAAAAGGUUGCGGCUAGUAGAGCGAUGGUUCAGAACAAGCAGCUCAAGCAACAGUUGGAAGAACUACAAGAUGGUCUUGUUAAAGUUAAUAAUGACAAAUUGGAGCUCACUGAACAGUUACAUCAUGAACAGCACAUCAGUAAAGAAUUAGGACAGAGACUGACCGACCAGGAGGAAGAACUUUCUGAACUCAGAAACCAGGUAACUAAUAAGUCGUUGGCUGAGAGAAUUGACACCUUGUUGACUCAGAACUCUGAACUUCGAAUGGCUUUGGCUCGUCAAGCUGAAGACUUGGUUAAUUCUACGAACAACGAAACUUCUGUUGAUAAGGAAACUGAUCGAAAGAACGACUUGGUUACUUCUCUCUCGGCAUCUGUCAAGCAACUUGAAAUGGAAAGAGACUACCUGUUGCAUGAAAUGAAAGAUCAACAAACCCAAAGAGAUGACUUAAAGUCUCAGUUGACAAACCUGAACAGUAUCACUUCUACCAGUGGGGAUAUAGUUCUUAAAGAAGAUCAUGAAUCCUUAAAGAAUUCUAUGAAACAGCUUGAGGAGAAAUUCAAGAAAACGAUGGACCAAAUUGCUGAACUUUCCGACCAAAAGCAACAGUUAGAACAUUUGGUAACUCAGCUGCAGGGAGAGACAGAUACCAUAGAAGAGAUGAAGACAAGGCUUAGUGAACUACAGAACUUAGUCAUGCGGCUGCUGGAAGAGAGGAGACACCUGCACGGCAAUCCCCUGGAACUCUGCAAUCACUCUGGCCAGGCAGCUGUGGAAGUAAAUGGCAACGGCACUGAAGAUGAGACUGAACCUUCUGAGAACAUUAAAAAUGUACCCGUCGACGACGGUACAGUCAUUGUAGACGAUCAUGUUCAGAAGAGUGAUGAUCAGACAGCAAAGAAAAUCAUGGACCUGUUUACAGAAAUUGAAAGCUCAAACCUCAUAGAAAAACCCGUCCCUGACACAUUCCACCCGUGCCCCGUUUGUUCGGGUAGACUCCUGACUGUUUGAAGCUAUGAAACAGUAGUAAUUGACAUUGUGGUUUGUUUAGAAGUAGGUGGUACUAUAAUAUCUUCAAAACCUGGAGUAUUUUACCUAUGGAAUCCUAUGUAACACCACCUGGUGGUGGGAAAGGAUAGGAAAGUAAGAAGUAAACUAUUUGUUACAAUUAUGCAAAUAUAAAAAAAAAAUAUAUAUAUAUUAUUCACUCCCUUUGGUACUUUCUUCAAAAGUUUGCAACAAAUCUGUAUUCAUUUUAUAGGAGUUAAAAAUGGUAAAUAAAGUUCGACCAGCUGUGUUGAUACACGUCAACAUACGAUACAGGGAAGAGUACACCAGAACAAAAAAACAAAAAAAAUGUGUAGGUGACGCUUGUUUAAGAGUUAAACUUCAUCCUUAUUUGAGAAUAAUACUUAAUUUUUACAGUUUGCGAUAGCUCUACAGUGUUUGUAAUGUUAACUAGAACAGCGUUUGUUUGUGGAUCUUGCUUUAUUUUUUCAUUAUAAUCAGUUAGUUGUAGUUUGAAUUUUAUAUAUAUAUAAAGUGUAACAUUUAAUUUAUAAUUGAAAAUUGUUUGGGUGAUUUUAUUUUGUUCCAUUGAUUAUUAGGUGUCUUACAAGUUGUUAAUUGAUAAUUAUCACAGACAUCUAUAAAUAGUAAAGAUAUUUAGGGCAUGAGUUUUUUUUUUUUUUUAUAUAUAUGUACGGUCAUUGUUCUGGCUGAUCUAAAUCUUUAUUUAUAAAUUUGUAAAGAGGGGAAUUACAUUGAGCCGUAGUGAAAAGUUAUUCUGGAUUUAUAUGUUAAUGCAUGUAAUAAAAACUUGGCAAAAACAUGCUUCGGUAACUGAAGUUUAAUUUCAUCGUGAUCACUUAGCAGAAGACACUUGAACUGAAGUUUAAUUUGAUCGUGAUCAUUUAGCAGAAGACACUUGAACUGAAGUUUAAUUUGAUCGUGAUCACUUAGCAGAAGACACUUGAACUGAAGUUUAAUUUGAUCGUGAUCAUUUAGCAGAAGACACUUGAACUGAAGUUUAAUUUGAUCGUGAUCAUUUAGCAGAAGACACUUGAACUGAAGUUUAAUUUGAUCGUGAUCACUUAGCAGAAGACACUUGAACUGAAGUUUAAUUUGAUCAUGAUCAUUUAGCAGAAGACACUUGAACUAAAGUUUAAUUUGAUCAUGAUCACUUAGCAGAAGACAUUUGAACUAAGUUUAAUUUGAUCAUGAUCACUUAGCAGAAGACACUUGAACUGAAGUUUAAUUUGAUCAUGAUCACUCAGCAGAAGACUUGAACUGAAGUUUAAUUUGAUCAUGAUCAUUUAGCAGAAGACACUUGAACUGAAGUUUAAUUUGAUCAUGAUCAUUUAGCAGAAGACACUUGAACUGAAGUUUAAUUUGAUCAUGAUCAUUUAGCAGAAGACACUUGGACUGAAGUUUAGUUUGAUCAUGAUCACUCAGCAGAAGACACUUGAACUGAAGUUUAAUUUGAUCAUGAUCAUUUAGCAGUAGACACUUGGACUGAAGUUUAAUUUGAUCAUGAUCACUUAGCAGAAGACACUUGAAUUGAAGUUUAAUUUGAUCAUGAUCAUUUAGCAGAAGACACUUGGACUGAAGUUUAAUUUGAUCAUGUUCACUUAGCAGAAGACACUUGAACUGAAGUUUAAUUUGAUCAUGUUCACUUAGCAGAAGGCACUUGAACUGAAGUUUAAUUUGAUCAUGAUCACUUAGCAGAAGACACUUGAACUGAAGUUUAAUUUGAUCACAAACACUUAGCAGAAGACACUUGAACUAAAGUUUAAUUUGAUCACAAACACUUAUCAGAAGACACUUGAACUAAAGUUUAAUUUGAUCACAAACACUUAGCAGAAGACACUUGAACUAAAGUUUAAUUUGAUCACAAACACUUAUCAGAAGAGACUUUUGAAGACUGUAAGUUUAAUUUUGUCAUGAGCAGAAGUUAUCUUAACCACAGUGAAUAUAAUAAAUUAAAUAUCCUCGGUGGUUUUGAUGUUUAUUAAGAAAUGCAGCACGUUCAUCAGUUUUGAUUUUUUUUUUACAUUACUUUUGAAAACUUACACAAUACAGUACACUAACAUUAUUGUUACAGCUGUGUAUAUUUAACCCUACUUCUCCUGUAUUGCCUGCGUCGAUUCUCAAUGUUAUUAUUAUUAUGUACAAAUCACCCAUGCUAUUAGUUCCAGCUGUUGUGAGUAAUGAAUUAAAAGGUAUUCUGAGUAGUAAAUAACAUAAGGAAAAUUCAGAUAUUAUAGAAAGGUAAGAGGAAACCUUUAAAUUUUAGUAUAAUCAUGGGCUUGUAAUCAGUUUAUGUCAAUGUUAAAUAAACUGUUUAUUUUUCUAAUACAAUGGAACAGGAGUGAUGUCGUUAAUAAAUUUUCCAGACGUCGGCAGUCAUUUGAUAAUGAUUCUUUUGUUUGUAAAUUUCUUCAUUUUGUGUUUCUGUUUUGUUUUUUUUUUUACUAGUUGAUAUAUACAUACAUAUAAGUUUGUAACGCUAACAUUUUUUCUCCUUAAACAUCAAGCAUCAUUUUCUUGGGAUAUAUAAAAAAAAAAAGCAAGAAUGCUAUUCUUGGUAUUUAUUUGUAUUCGCGUAAUAAACAUUUAAAUUCUGGGCGAAGAAUUAAAGGAUGUUAUUCGUUAUACUUGUGAUUUUUAACGCGUAAAAUGAUGCGAAGUUGGGACUACUUUGCGACAACUUUUGUUUGUGACAUUGCAUAUCAAAUAUAAACAAAUUACAAAUUUGAUGAUACAAACAUUCAAAGUAAACAUUAGCAGAACAUAACACGGGUAGUUGAUGUAUGUUUCUUGAUAACGUAGUGCCAUUCCUUAAUUUUUACUUUCACGGGUUCUAAUUAGAUGUAUGUUUCUUGAUAACGUAGUGCCAUUCCUUAAUUUUUACUUUCACGGGUUCUAAUUAGAUGUAUGUUUCUUGAUAACGUAGUGCCAUUACUUAAUUUUUACUUUCACGGGUUCUGAUUUCUGUGUUUAUUUUUCCUCGUGGACUAAUGUUGUUGGUUUUUUUCAUGGAGCAAGUGAUAAUAUUUAAAGUUUAAAAAAAGGUGGACAAGCAGGGUGCUACAUUCAUUCACAAACUGAAUUCUUUUGUAUGUAGAAACGUACUGCUAACCAAGUGCCUCGUUGAUGGCAAGGUAGGAGGCUUGGUCGAAGUUCUAUAGGAUGCAUAUUACAAUGUGAUAACAAAACCAAAAUGUUUAUUAUAUAUCUAAUUAGCGAACUCUCUGUAAAAACCUGGAUUGUAUAUUAAUUGACAAUUAAAUAACAAAAAUA